AUGGCAAUAGGUCUCUCAGUAGAUUUUGUCGCCCAUAUAAGUUUUCAUUACUACAAAGGAGAAAUUGAAGACUGUAGAGAACGUUUGGUGCAUGCAUUACGUUCAAUUGCUUGGCCUAUGCUUCAGGCAGCAUUAUCUACAGUACUUAGUUUACUUGUUUUAGUACUUGUACAUGCUUAUAUGGUACAGGUAUUUGUCAAAGUAAUUGUUCUCGUAAUUUCACUUGGACUAUUUCAUGGACUUGUUGUCCUUCCAAUUGUUUACGCAGCAAUUCCUUUUAAAAAACCCAAAAAAUGUCAGAUUGUGAAUCCAUCUUAUUUAUCUUCAGUGACAAAAAAUAAUAGUGAAAGAAAAAUAUUGUCAACAAAUACUAGUAGAACAGGUAAUUGA